CCAAAGGGAGCAAAAGAGGAUCAAAAGCCAAUCCACCUUAAUGCCACUUCUUUAGGGCAACAACAACAAAAACAACAACAAAUGGCUGAGGAAGGAUCUGAGAGCUCAGUGGCUACAUCUUCUUCCACACCAAGCUGGUGGGAACUCCAAGCGAAUCCUCUCUCUUCAUGGGCCAACAUGAACCCAUGGCACCACCCAAACCACAAAUCCAACUCUUGUGAAGAGGACAUGUCAAUCUCUAACUCAUUCACCAAUGCCUCCAACCACUCCGGCCUAAGCAUCGACGACUCAUCCCGUGAGCUUGUCGAGUCGGCCUCAGCUGUAACCGAGUUGUCUGGAGAGCCCACGUCGGAGAGCCAUCUAUGGAGGCAGGUUUUAUUAAGUGUUGGAACGGGCGGAGACUUAAACAAUGGUCAUGACGAUGGAGAGAACUUCCUCAAAGCGCUGUCAUCCAAGAACCUAACGAUGGAUCUGUUCGAGCCCGACUUAAAGAAAUUUGACAACUGCUGGGAAUUCACAAACCCCGCAUCAUUUAACAGCAUGGAGAAACAGUUGAACGGCUAUGAUGGGAGCUUGAUUGAACACGAGAGACUAACCCAUUUGUCAGAUUUGGUCAGCAACUGGUCGAUUGCACCGCCUGAUCCACAGCUUGACCGCCAGAUUGCACCAGCAACGUGCAAUAUCUCUCUGAAUUCUUCAAUGGAUCUUUACUUGGAGUCCAGUUCCAGUCUCCCCCAACUGAAGCAAGAACCACAAAAUCCAUCGUUGUAUUUGAGUAAUGGAGGAUUAGGAAAUAGGAAUUCAGGUUACAUGCCAUGUUAUGGCCAUGAUGUGAAAGUGGAGAGUCAGCACCAUGGCAUGGAAGCUUCUGAGGGUGCAUUCCUGAGGCCCUUUAAUGGUAAUGGAACUGGAUACCAGAUGGGUCAUGCCAAUUCAGUUGUAGGAGAUAACAGCAAGUACUACUAUGGAAUGCUAGAUGUGCCAUGGUCUAAUCCAAGAGCUUUCUCAGACUACAUCUCUUUUAGUGGCUGUUUGAACAAACCAUUGGUGGAUUUUCAUGCCUCCAAGCCUUGCAUCAAAGGUUCAAAUUCACCUGAUGGUAAGAAGCAAGGGCAUGAGACUUCUUCAUCGGCAAGAGGAAAUGGGAGAGGCUCAGGAAUUUCAAGUGAAGGAAAGAAGAAGAGAUCUGAAGACAAUUCAGACACAACAGUCUUCAAAAAGCCUAAGAACGAAAACUCUACAGUCUCAUCAUUGAAGAUACAGGCUCCUAAAGUCAAGUUAGGAGAUAGGAUCACCGCCCUACAACAAAUUGUGUCACCAUUUGGAAAGACUGAUACUGCAUCGGUGCUCCUGGAAGCAAUUGGAUACAUCAAGUUCCUACAAGAGCAAGUGCAGCUCCUCAGCAACCCAUACAUGAAGGCGAAUGCGAACAAGGAUCAUAGUCCAUGGGGAGGUCUUGAAAGAAAGGAUAAGUCGGAACCCAAGUACGAUUUGAAGAGCCGAGGGCUUUGUUUGGUUCCAAUUUCUUGCACGCCGCAAGUUUACCGUGAGAAUACCGGAUCCGAUUACUGGACGCCUACGUAUCGAGGAUGCUUGUAUAGAUGAAAGGGAAGAGAUUAAAAAGAAAGAAAGAAAAGAAAAGAAAAGAAAAACCAGGUUUUCUGUGUUUAUUUCUUCAUUUCAUGUAUCUGCCAGCUUUGGCAGAUGCAUGGUGAAAAAUAAUGUCUGUGCUAACAUGUCACGAUGGGCAGGGAAUCUCAUAAGAGACUGCUCAUUUUGGCCAUUUUACUUGAUGUUUUACUACUUAGAAAAUGGAUGGAUGCUACUUUGUAUGUAUGCAUGGUGUAUUUUUAAGUCUGUUAAUUCCGCACGUACAUAUAUCCCGGGACUUCUAUGCACCAGCACACAAGACAAGUUGGAAAUGUGUGAGAGAUCCCAGACAUCCAUCAGGUUUCCCUGCCAUCGAUGGUCCAUGUAUUUUAGCACAGUGUGACCCACUUGAUGAGUGGAUUGGCCAGGUCACGGUGGGGCCCACCUGGAUGGAUGGGAUUUCCAUUACUUAGUGCCAUCUUGGCCUGUCCUGGCCUGUAGGCGUGUCGGCAAUAAACGUGGACGUAGAUGAUAUAUAGAAAUAUGCAUUUUCUUCGGGGACUUCAUAUUGAGAACUGAUCACCUAUACAUGCAAUGGCACCAAAACUCGUGGAGCCGUACCGCAUGUUACCCGCCAAGAAGCCACUCUU